AUGGACGUCCUUAUAAGGCUUAUGCAAGCAGACUAUAUUGAAGAAGCUGAUCUUCAAAACUUGAAGCAAUAUAAGUACGGUGCUAUAGAUAAAUCGCCCAUAGCAAAUUAUAUUCUUAAGUACUAUUGGAACUGGGCUAUCGAUUUAUUUCCAAGAUGGAUGGCUCCUAAUUUAAUAACUUUAUGUGGAUUAGGAUUUGUGUUUAUUAACGUCUUAACCGUUAUCUAUUGGAUUAAUGAUUUAGUAGGACCUGGUCCACAAUGGCUUUACUGGACUUUUCCACUAGGUUUGUGGCUAUAUUCGACAUUUGACAAUGUCGAUGGCAAGCAAGCUCGACGUACCGGGACUUCUUCACCUCUCGGCGAACUAUUUGAUCAUGGCUGUGACGCAUUAAGUUGCUCUUUCGGGGCGGUAGUUCUUGCCGGUGCCUUAGGUUUAGGACAUACUUAUUAUGCUGCUGCCUUUCUUCUCGUAAUUAUCGUACCAUUUUAUAUGUCCACCUGGGAAGAAUAUCACACUGGGGUGUUAUAUCUUGGAUACUUUAAUGGUCCUACCGAAGGCGUCCUGGGUGCCUGUAUAUUAAUGAUAAUCUCUGCAAUUAAAGGUCCAGGGUUAUGGAUGGAUGAAUUGAGAAAUGUAUUGAAUCCCGUGCCAGAAUUUAUUCCACCUAAUUGGU